AGCUUUGGAAAGACUCUUCUGUGGUUGAAGCAGAAGAGCUUUGGUAAUGGUUUUAGUGUGAGUGAUACCAAGAUUCAUAAUCUGAUUCUUCGUGGGUGGUCGAAACUGGGAUGGUGGGGCAAAUGCAAGGAGUAUUGGGAGAAAUGGAUAACGAAGGAUUUGUUUUCGUAUUCGAUUUACAUGGAUAUCAUGUGCAAGAGCGGGAAGCCCUGGAAAGCUAUUAAACUGUAUAAGGAGAUGAAAAGCAAAAGGAUGAAACUUGACGUUGUUGUCGAUACAUGGAAAAUUUUCCCGAGGAAGAGACUCGUGCAUCCAUAUGAGCGGUCUCUUAUCGAGCUCAUUCGCGCCAUUGGAGCUUUUCAAAGCGUUGAAUUUGGUAUCCGGGUGUUUCGCGAGAUGAAGGAAAGGGGUUGUGAACCUAACGUUGCGACCCAUACCACCAUUAUCAAGCUUCUGUGCGAAGACGGGAGGAUGAAGGAUGCCCUAAGAAAGGUUGACAACCCGACUCGAUUCUCUUUGCACGCCUGGAGAAACCGAGCGAGUAUCUUAAGUCUGUUUGGUAGGAUGAUGAGGAGUGGAGUUAGGCCAAGAAUGGAUACUUAUGUGAUGCUUAUGAGGAAGUUUGAGAGAUGGGGAUUUCUUCAGCCGGUUUUAUCUGUGUGGAAGACGAUGAAAGAGUCUGGGGAUACUCCUGAUUCAGCCGCUUUUAACGCUGUGAUCGAUGCUUUGGUUCAGAAAGGAAUGUUGGAUAUGGCUAGGGAAUAUGAAGAUGAAAUGGUCGAAGACAUUCAGCUCGAUGGGCAUAAGCUGUUUCCUCCUGAGUUUAGAGGUAACAUUGAUCAUUUCAACAACAUGAUCAAGAUGUCUAACAUCACAUACCCUGACCGUGUCGCUAAUCAGACUAUUCGUUAUCUCACCGGAACGUUAAACCCUGUGAGAUAUGUCUUAAAAUUUGUCGCGGGUGUUAUGCUCGCAGUCGCUUUCCUCGGCCUC